GUGAUGAAACUCAGCACUCAUCCUGUUUUCACUCUGAACUGUUAGUUCUUUCACAGAGUGUCACUGCGUUUGAUCGAGCGGCGUGAAAGCGCCUCUGUCUCUUCACAUUUAAAACUUUGACUUCCAGGUCUAUUCACACUUCACUGAUUACAUCUGGAGCUUUGGAGCACACUUUGUGUUUCAUGAUGAAUGUGUCCCAGACAAUGGAGACAGAGGAGGAUCUCCUGACACGUCUCCACAUCAAGUUUUACCACCCUCAGCAGAAUUGUAAGGGCCUGUACGGGCUGCUUCCUCUGGGGAACAGGAGCAGACACUCGGCAGAUGACCCCCUCAGACUGGGACGUGACGCCCAGGCCUGCACCUUCAGCCUGGUCGACGCCAAGGUGUCCCGCAAACAGCUUGCCCUCUUUGCCUACCGCACACCCCAUAGCCAGGACAUGCUGUUCACCAUCCAGAACCUGAGCCAGAGGGGACGGCUGUCUGUGAACAGCUCAUCACUGGACUACCUGGAAAGGAUGGACCUCCCAGACAAGGCCCUGAUCAGGUUCGGAGAGUAUGAGAUGCUGAUCAUCCGUGAGUCAGGCGAGGCCAAGGGGAGCUUCGAGGUGGAGUUCGAGGUGUUGGCUGUGCCUCCGUCCAGAGAGACGUGCAUGUGUGUGACUAGUACGACAGCUGUUAUGGACACGGGCUCAUGUACCAUGCAAAGCUUCCAACCUGAACACACAGCACUCGGACCCCUGGAGACUGAUGAGACUCUCAUUUUUAAUUUAUGAUGAACCAUCACAGCUCUUUGACUUUGUGAAUUGAUUUACUUAUUGACCUGCAUCUCAAGGCAAGACAAAGUACUGUGUAGCUGUAGCAUUAGAGUCCAUCUAGGCUUAGAUAAGAAUCCUCUUUGUAAUGUUAAACCAAUAGUAUUAUUUUACUCCCUAUGCCUGUAAAAUGUGACCUUUAUAACUACUACUUUUAGUGGAAACACUGUAAAGACUUAAAGCUAUUUGUUUCUUUUUCAAGCAUUAAAGUGUUUCUCAUGAA